AUGUCUACUCAAGAUACGACCGAGGAGACGCCACUCUUGCGCACCAUGUCCAAAGGAUCUUCGCGCGACCAAGAUGUCGGCACCAUAGCCCGCGAUGAGACAGAUCCCGUGGGUGAGGUGGUUCAGGCGUACGACGAAUCUAGAAAGAUAGGCAUCACCGGCGCUGUAUUCCUUAUUUUAAACAAAAUGAUAGGAACCGGAAUCUUUUCAACGCCAUCGGGAAUUUUUGCUGCUACUGGGUCUGUUGGAGUCUCAAUCAUAUUAUGGUUGGUCGGUGGAAUCCUCACAUUUUGUGGUUUGAGCGUAUUUCUCGAAUUCGGCUUGGCGAUUCCGCUGUCAGGAGGCGAGAAGAAUUACCUAGAAAGAGUAUAUCGCCAUCCGCGGUAUCUGGCCACAUGCGUCUUGGCCUCCCAGAUGAUUCUACUCGGCUUUUCAUCUGGCAACUCGCUGGCCUUUGGGCGGUAUAUCUUGUUCGCUUCCGGGAGCACAGAGCCCGACGGCUGGGCCGCCCGUGGAAUCGGCAUUGCUUGCGCUACCUUUGCCGUCGGCCUACACGCCAUCUUUCCCAAAUGGGGCUUGCGGCUCGUCAAUGUCCUCGGUGUCUUUAAAGUGAUUGUUCUUCUACUGAUUGUAUUUUCCGGUUUUGCGGCACUGGCCGGCCGCCGUUUGGUCCCAGACCCGCACAACUUUGACGAUGCCUUCAAGUUCUACAAGGGCGAUGGAUGGGGCGGCGGCGGCGCUUAUGCAUAUGCCCAGGCUCUGCUUCGGAUCAUAUACAGUUACAAGGGGUGGGAGAACGCCAACUACGUGAUUGGUGAGCUGAGACACCCCAGGAAGACCCUCGCGGUUGCUGCCCCCAUUGCUAUCGGUGGUGUCACCAUUCUAUAUAUCCUUGCAAACGUGGCAUACUUUGCCGCCAUAUCAAAGGAGGACCUGGCGACAUCUGAAGUCAUUGUGGCGGGAAUCUUCUUCCGCAAUGUCUUUGGUGACAGCGCAGCAGCACGAAGUCUACCAACCUUUGUGGCCCUGAGCAACUUGGGCAAUGUGCUUGCCGUCAGCUUUGCCCAUGCGCGGCUGAACCAGGAGUUUGGCAAAGAAGGAUUGCUGCCAUUCAGCAAGUUUUGGGCAUCCGUGAAACCUUUCAACGCACCCGCAGCCGCUCUCUUUUUACACUGGCUUGUCACUGUCAUCAUCUUGGUGGCUCCUCCGGCAGGUCCUGCUUACAACUUCAUUGUCGACCUGUACACAUAUCCAGGAGCCUGGAUCAAUGCCUUUGUCGCCGCCGGACUGAUCUACUUGCAUUGGAGCAGAUCUGAGAAUUGGACAUCACCGUGGCAUUCGUACCUGCCAAUCACGGUGCUGUAUCUGCUGGCAAAUGUAUUUCUGGCGAUUGUGCCGUUUAUCCCACCAGAUGGCGAUUGGAACGCUGAAGGAUACCCGUACUUUGUGUUCCCUGUCGUGGGCGUCGGCGUGCUGUUACUGGGUGCGGUUUACUGGGUUUGUUGGACAAAGAUCUGGCCGGCAAUUGGUGGCUACCGGAUCGAGGCGCAGCGUAUUAUUGAUGAGCAAGGCGUCGAGGUGAUUAGAUACAGAAAGGUCGAUUUGAAGCAUCGCCAGCAGUUUUAG